UACCAACCACGUACCCCAUAACUAACUGCUACUCCAUAUUAUUACCAUCCGUAUCCACGUUUUAUCUUCGUAGUAAUUAAUUAGCGAAUUCCUGAUUUAAAACCGUCCCGAUGUCGACGUGGCGCGCGCUAUUGCUUUAUUGCAGGCUUCAAUGGGUUGCAUGAGGGCGUCCCUACAAUGGGCUCACACCAAAUCCGUUUUCCUACUCCUAUUUUUACUCCCAUUCCUUUUUUCUGCCCGCGUUCUCGCCUACGAGGAGUUAUCUGACGAUGCCCUCCGCACCAUCCCCUCCGGCGGCGCCGACUUCGACAUCAACCACGGCGCCCUCCUCUCGCCCAUCCUGAUCCCUCGGGUGCCCGGCACCCCGGGGUCGAUCGCGGCGCAGCACCACUUCGUCGACUUCUUCUCGCGGCAGCUGCCGGCGUGGCGGCUCGACUGGCACAACUCGACAUCCAAGACCCCGGCCACCGGCGACGCGGACGUGCCCUUCAAGAACCUCGUCUUCACGCGCGACCCGCCGUGGGCGCAGCGUGGGGACGUCAGCCGCCUGACGCUGGUCGCGCACUACGACAGCCUGCACCAGCCGGACGGGUUCGUCGGGGCCACGGACAGCGCGGCGCCGUGUGCGAUGUUGAUGCACGUCGCGCGCAGCAUCGACGAUGCGCUGACGCGGAAGUGGGAGGCCGUGGAGGCGGCGGGGGACGCGGGCAUGGGGCUCGAGGACGACGAGAAGGGCGUGCAGAUCCUGCUGCUCGACGGUGAGGAGGCCUGGGUCAGCUGGACGGCCACGGAUUCGUUAUACGGCGCCCGCGCGCUGGCCGAGAGCUGGGACGCGGAAGUGCACCCCGCGAACUCGGCGUACCGGACCCCGCUCGAGUCGAUCAGCCUCUUCCUGCUCAUAGACCUGCUCGGGGCGGCGGAUCCUCGCGUGCCGUCGUACUUUUUGCCGACGCACGGGGCGUACUUGGGCAUGGCGAAGAUCGAAGAGCGGAUGCGGAAGCUCGGACUGCUGCGGACGGAAUCGAAGCAGCCCUUUCUCUCGGACGCGGGGAAGGAGGCGGCCCAGUUCACGAAGGGGUAUAUUCAGGAUGAUCACGUGCCGUUUCUGGUGCGAGGAGUGGAGGUUCUGCAUAUCAUUCCCUUCCCGUUCCCCGUUACGUGGCAUACGAUGGACGAUGACGGGGAGCACUUGGACCCAGCGACGGUGGAUGACUGGGCGAAGAUUGUGACAGCGUUUGCGGCGGAGUGGAUGGAGUUGGAUGGUUUUAUGAGCCAGCCUCAGAAGGAGAAGGAGAAGGAGAAGGAGAAGGAGAAGGAGAAGGAGAAGGGUAUUAGAGAUAGGUCGGAGCUAUGAGGUUAGUCUUGCUCAUGGCUGUAAUUUGAGCAUGCAUAUUUAAAGUCUCGGAGUCUUAUGUCUCCCUUUUUAGGUACUUAUAUGUACAUAUUGCUUGCAAUGCUCUUUAAACAAGUACGAAAAAGAGAAUACUACCGGUACUCCCAAGCAGGAUGAUAGGGGGAGCUCGCUCUCCAGGACAAGACCGUGUGAAUACUGCCCCGCACAUUAAAUAUUCGCACCGUCACAUCCCAGAUUUACAGGUAUUACGGUCGACCUAGCGUACCUAGGUACAUAGCUUCAAACCACGUCAGCCACAACGACACUAAAAAGAAAAAAGUGGA